ACACCUGCAUUUCUUGAUGAUGUCUCAACUAAGAUUGUUGAUAAAAAAAUAAAAAUUAUUGAUGAAGAGAGCAAGGUCGUAGGAUUGAGGAAUGGAGUCUCCAUUUGGUGGCGGCAACGACCCAUUGGAGUGUUGGUUUCGGCGGGGAGCUAUAUAUAAUUAACUAUCCUAGGCCACUUGGAAGUUAAAGAUCAAGAGUUUUGGGUGUAUAUAUAUAUUAUAUAUGGCUUGUGAAAAGAGCAAGAUUAUGAUAUUCGGAGCCACUGGUUACCUCGGCAAUUUCAUGGUGAAGGCCAGCGUUUCUCUGGGCCAUCCAACCUUUGCCUACGUCCGCCCAUUGCUCAAACCGAAUAUCAGCUCCAGCGCCAACCCUCCCAAGCUAGAUCUCCUCAAAGAAUACGAGGCUUCGGGAGUCACCAUUAUCCAUGGUGACUUGGAUGAGUACGGGAAGCUUGUAGCAGCGCUUUGUCAUGUGGAUGUUGUCAUUUCUACGUUGGCUGUUCCUCAACACCUUGAUCAACUGAAGAUAAUCCAAGCCAUGAAGGAUGCUGGAAAUAUAAAGAGAUUUGUUCCGUCAGAAUUUGGAAACGAAGUUGACAGAGUGAGUGGAUUACCGGCUUUUGAGGCUCUGCUUGAGAACAAAAGGAAGAUCAGGAGGGCUACGGAAGAGGCCGGAAUUGCCUUCACUUACGUCUCUGCGAACUCUUUUGCAGCGUAUUUCGUUCACCACUUGCUUCAUCCUCACGAAAAACGUGAGGAAGUAGUUGUUUUUGGAAGUGGGGAAGCCAAGGCUGUGUUAAAUUAUGAGGAGGAUGUUGCAGCCUAUACCAUAAAAGCAGCCACUGAUCCAAGGGUAGCUAAUCGGGUCAUCGUACUUAGACCACCGGGAAACAUUGUAUCUGAGAUGGACUUGAUUUCUUUAUGGGAGAAAAAGACAGGACGAACUCUGAAACGAAUUUAUGUCCCCGAAAAGGAAAUAGUAAAGCUUUCUGAGACCGCACCAUUCCCGGAUAACAUACGUAUGGCUAUCUUUCACAACAUCUUCAUCAAAGGGGACCAGACGAGCUUUGAACUCACUGACGACGACCUAGAGGCCUCCAAAUUAUUCAACGAUCACAACCAUACUUCCAUCGAUGCCCUCCUUGACAUUUUCUUGGUUAAUCCUCCCAAACCCAAACUGGCAUCGUUUUAAUUAAUGUUUAGUCCAAGAAUAAUCCACGGGUGCCACUAGUCAUCAUGUUAUCGUCAUAUAUAUGUAUUAUAUAUAUAUGUGUGUGUGUGUGUGUGUGUGUGUGUGUGUGGACAAGACAAUUCUCCAUUUGAAUAAAAUUACCUGGAGUACUAAUUAAGGACGUUGUUGUCCUGAUCAACAUGUGUAAUUUGCUGCUAGCUGUGUCGUCAUGGCCUGGUU